CUAUUUCGACAUUAUUAACAACAACAGCAACUAAUGUACAGUUGUUGAUUGAUGAUGUACACAUUGAAGACUCAGAUUACACUCGUUGGUACUCAACAAGUAAAACUAAACAAGGUACUUUAUUCGAUUUGGGUUCCAUCACAUAUGGUCAAAACAAAGAUUUACUUAUUCCAUAUUCUCAUCAACUGCCAAAUCAAUGUAACAUCACUUUGACAUAUAAUAAUGGACGAAACAUUAAGAAAACUAUUGAAUUUCAUGUGUCGAAUAAUCUUCAACAGGCUGAUCCAACUCAAAUCCGUCGACAAAAAUUUCGUUUACAAUUUGUUCAUUCAGUACGGACAGCAUUAGAACAAAUGCGCGAAACAAAAACAAGCGUAACAGGAGAAACACUCAAUCAAAUUGAAAAAUUAGAAAACAAUAUGAAGAGUUUUGCAGAUGGAACAGAUUCAUAUAUUAAAGAUUUAUUUACUGAUUUAACAGGACAAGUAAAAGAAGCUAUUGGAAAAGUUGAAUGGUGCAAAAAAUGGGGCAUACAUUUUUUGCCUAGUUUAACACGUGCACAUCUUCUUCAAUUUUGUAACAAUUUUAAAGAUCCAGGUGUUCAACAUUAUGGAAAUGGUUUACUUUUUUCACAAAUACGAGAUGAAAUGGAUGAUAUAUUUUGUAGUUUACCAGCUCCAAAACGUACAGAGACUGGUACUCCUAUAGAUAUGUCAGUUUAUAAUAAUGCAUCUGCUGGAUGUUUUUAUGGAGAAUGCACUGUACGUCUUAUAAAUGGUUGUUUGAAAUUAGUAAAAGAUGUUCAACCUGGUGAUCGAUUAGCACCACAUGGUGGAAUAGUAAAAUUUGUUGUAAAAACAAUAUGUAAAACUCGAAAAGCUAAAAUGGUUAUAGUUGAAAAUAACUUGAUUAUUACUGCUUGGCAUCCUAUUCGCAUGAAUCAACAAUGGAUAAUGCCUUGUUCACUUGUCUCAUCAGCCAGUGAGAUCUCCUGCGAAGCUGUAUAUAAUUUUGCACUCGAUCGAGGUCAUACGAUAUUAGUAAACGAUAUUGAAUGUGUCACUUUAGGUCAUGGAUUUCAAGAAGAUAUUGUACGUCAUGCAUAUUAUGGAAGUCAACGAGUAAUUAAAGAUUUAGAAAAGCUGAAUAUACAACAAAAGAAUGGAGGAAUAAUUGAAAUUAGUGAGGAAAUGGUACAACGUAAGAAUAAAACUGGUCUUGUAAAAGGAUUACAGUGGCAAGAAAUAUUAGUUCAAUGA